AAAUGUGGGAAAUGUUUUAUCCAGAAAUCAGAUCUUGUUAUACAUCAGAGAAUUCACACCGGGGAGAAGCCAUUUUCAUGUUCAGAAUGUGGGAAAUGUUAUAGGGUUAAGUCGAAUCUUGUUAGCCAUGAGAGAACUCACACUUGGACAAAGCCAUUUUUAUGUUCAGAAUGUGGUAAAUGCUUUCCAGAAAACUCAGAUCUGCAAAAACAUCUGAGAAGUCACACAAGAGUGAAGCCAUUUUCAUGUUUAGAAUGUGGGAAAUGUUUUACUCAGAAAUCAGAUGUUGUUGUACAUCAGAGAAUUCAUACGGGCGAGAAGCCAUUUUCAUGUUUAGAAUGUGGGAAAUGUUAUAGCGUUAAGUCCAAUCUCAUUGUCCAUCAGAGAAAUCACACUGGGACAAAGCCAUUUCCAUGUUCAGAAUGUGGAAAAUGUUUUAAGCAGAAAUCAAUUCUCCUUACACAUCAGAGAAGUCACACAGGGGAGAAGCCAUUUUCAUGCUCAGAAUGUGGGAAAUGGUUUAAACAGAAAUCACAUCUUGUUGUACACCAGAGAAUCCACACAGGGGAGAAGCCAUUUUCAUGUUUAGUGUGUGGAAAAUGUUUUAAAGACAAAUCACAACUUGGUAAACAUCACAGAAGCCACACAGGAGUGAAGCCAUUUUCGUGUUCAGAAUGUGGGAAAUGUUUUACUCAGAAAUCAUAUCUAGUUGUCCAUCAAAAAACUCACAGAGUUUUGAUGCCAUGUGUGGAAGAAAGUUUUAGCCAAAAGUCAUCUCUAACUGCGGACAUCAAAGAACUGACACAGGAAAACAUUUUCAUGGCCAGAUAAAAGGUGAAAGUGUCGCAGUGCUGAGACCCCCACUUAUCAGUAGAACGAGCAGAGAGAAGCAUGCGGUAGGGUGCUUUAUUCUCCGCCUCUCAAUGAUCUUUGCCUUGUAGACUUCUAGUCUUAACCCUGCUCCUGAUUGGGGGGGGGGGGGGGGUGCAGCUCUGAGACCCUGACCAAUCAAAACUUUCGACAUGUCAAAUUUUUUUUGUUAAAUCUAAAAGGAUCCAAAGGAUAGGGGAUAAGAUGUCUGAUUCAUUUAGAACGCUGAGUGCGGGGGUCGUCAUGUCACGGCCACGCCCCCUCGUGGCGUCAUGCCACACCCCCUCAAUGCAAGUCUAUGGGAGGGGGCAUGGCAGCCGCCAUGCCCCCUCCCAUAGACUUGCAUUGAGGGGGCGAGGCGUGACAUCAAGAGGGGCGCGGCCAUGACAUCACGACCCUGCCGCCCGCUCCAAGCGUUCGGAACAAAAUGUUUUGAACACUGGGGCAGCGGAGUACCCCUUUAAGUGUUUAUAUUUAUGUGAAGGAAACUCAAUUAUAGGUUGUACAUCCGACACUUUGUUCUGUUUGACUUCUGUUAAAAUAUUCAAUAAAUACAGAUGUCCGAAAAAUGUUUCCCACAAAUUUUGUUUAAACAUCAAUGAGAUCAAACUAAACAAUAGUUUUUUUGUUUUUUUUUACAUUGUGUCGUAGUCAAAUAGUAAAAAAAAAAAACACAAAUACCAUCAAAGUAAAGUCACAUGUCAAACAAAUGAAGGGCAAAUAUAUAUAUAUAUAUUUUAGAUGUCUGUUAUCUAAAAGGCGAAUAGAAUCCAGAUAUCUGACCCAGGUUUUCACCAUGUGCAUUAAAUAUUUUACAUUAAGGGUGUGGUCACAUACGGCAUAUAUGCAGCACAUUUAAUUUGUAUACUAUUAGAAAAGAAUCAAGUUGAUAUAGGUAUAUUAAAAUAUAGCUUUUAUUGAACUAAAUUAUAAAAACAUAUGUAUCUUGUAUAUACUGAUGUUCACAGGUUAGCAGAUAUAAAAACUACCAGGGCCAGCACCCCUUGCCGAAAUAUAUAUAAAAAAAAUCUAUAUUACAGGUUACGUUCAUAGUAUAGCAUAAUAUCAUGGGUAUAGGUAUACAUAUAAGCCAUGUACUGUCACUGGUUGCAAUAGGGAGCAAAGCAUGGCAUAGUCUCUUCCCUACCAGGGGUUCCCACUAUACUCUUCCCACUAAUAAUACAGAGUCUCCUCAUAUAAAUUGGUAAAUGCAUGGCCGCUUACCCAUGUCCGCUGCUGGUGCUGUGCCUGGACCCCGAUCGCGCUUUCGCUCCUUCCUCCUUCAUGUUGCGAAAAAUCCACUGGGCAGAAGUGAAAUAAGCUGUUGCUAUGAGCAGACAUGCAGGGCUUUCCUGCGCAGCCCAGUGUGUGGAGUAUGGUUGGAGGUCACAGCCCUGUGUGUGCAGUAAGGUUUGGAAGUAACAGCCCUGUGUUUGCUGUAUGGUUUGGAGGACGCAGCCCUAUGUGUGCAGUAAGGUUUGGAGGCCACAGCCCUGUGUGUGCAGUAAGGUUUGGAGGCCACAGCCCUGUGUGUGUAAUAAGGUUUGGAGGCCACAGCCCUGUGUGUGCAGUAAGGUUUGGAGGCCACAGCCCUGUGUGUGCAGUAUGGUUGGAGGCCACAGCCCUGUGUGUGCAGUAAGGUUUGGAAGUAACAGCCCUUAGUGUGAAGUAAGGUUUGGAGGCCCCAGCCCUGUGUGUGUAAUAAGGUUUGGAGGCCACAGCCCUGUGUGUGCAGUAAGGUUUGGAGGCCACAGCCCUGUGUGUGAAGUAAGGUUUGGAGGCCACAGCCCUGUGUGUGAAGUAAGGUUUGGAGGUCACAGCCCUGUGUGCGCAGUAAGGUUUGGAGGCCACAGCCCUGUGUGUGCUGUAUGGUUUGGAGGCCACAGCCGUGUGUGUG